AUGAACAAGUCGGAGUUAAGCAAGGAUCAAAUGAAAAUCCUGAAGGAAGCCUUCGAGGCAUUCGACAUCGAGAAGAAGGGUAGCAUCUCGGUGGAGGUGGUUGGUACCAUUCUGGAGCUGCUCGGACAAACUCUAUCGGAGGAAGAGCUGACGGAGGUGAUGGAGGAGUACGAUGUGGACGAAUCGGGCCAGAUUGAGUUCGACGAGUUUCUGGAACUAGCGUCCAACUUUGUCGAGCCAGAAGAGGAUUACGAUGUGUUGCGAGCCGAACUACGUGAAGUGUUCAUGAUGUACGACAAGAACGGAACGGGUUUCAUUCCGGUCGACAUAUUCAAGAAGAUUCUCCAGGAGUUGGAUGGUGCUGUGCCGGAAAAUGAGCUGGAUGAUAUCAUCGAUGAAAUUGAUGCGGAUGGUUCGGGAACGGUUGAUUUUGAAGAAUUCAUGGAAGUGAUGACUGGUGAAUAA